AUGGUGCAUGUGUUUUCAUUGCAGAGGUCCUCUGACAAGGAGUCCAUCCUGACCAUCCUCCAGGUCCUUGGAGAUCUGCUUUCUGUUGGCACCGACCGAAGGAUUCGCUACAUGAUCAGUAAAGGGGGCAGCGAGGCGCUUCUGCAGACCCUGGUGGACACAGCCAGGUCAGCUUCUCCAGACUACGAUGUCCUGCUGCCCCUCUUCCGACUGCUGGCCAAAGUGGGCCUACGAGAUAAAAAGUUUGGACAGAAGGCCCUGGAAUUGGAAGCACUUGAUGUGACAUUGAUUCUGGCCAGGAAAAACCUGUCCCACAGCCAGAACCUCCUUCACUGUCUCUGGGCUCUGCGUGUGUUCGCCUCUAGUGUCACCACGGGAGCCAUGCUGGGAAUUAAUGGAGCCAUGGAACUGCUUUUCAAGGUCAUCACCCCUUAUACCCAGAAGCGCACCCGAAUAAUCAGGGCAGCCGCCGAAGUCCUGGCAGCAUUGCUGGAAUCCAAGUCCAACAGCCGCAGGGCUGUGAACAGAGGCUACGUCGCCGGCUUGCUCAGGCUGCAUCUGGACUGGCACCACCGGGACACCGCCAAUGCCUACGUGCGGAUCCGCCGGGCGCUGCUGCUCUGCCUCAGGCACAUUGCCAACCUCCGGUCUGGCAGGGAGGCCUUCCUGGCAGCCCGGGGCAUGGAGAUCCUCUUCAGCUCCGCCCAGAACCGCCUGGACGACAAACGCUUGGAGCCCAUCAUCUCCAUCGUGAUUCAGACCCUGAGGCAGUGUUACCCAAGGAGCCCGCUUCCCUUGGUCACAUCCAGCAGCGCGUAUGCCUUCUCCAUCCCGGGGAGCAUCCCCCCUGAGCCUCCGUGUGCUCUAACUGAAGAGGAUUUUGAAGAUGAUGCUGAUGAAGAAGCGGAUAAAGAUUCAGACUCCGAAGAUACGAAAGAGCAAGAUGAUGACUUGGAAACAGAUGUGAACAAGCUGAGUUCCAGACCUGGUCUUGACCGACCCGAAGAGGAGCUGAGGCAGUAUGAGGCCAUGUGUCUGGAGCUCUCGUGCAGCUUCGAGGAACUUGAGUCUAAACCUGGAGAUAAUUUGAACUUUGAAGAGACUCAGGAUGCUGAGCACUACCACAUUCCGCCUGUGACCUCCCCAAAGCAGCAUUAUUUGACUAAGGACCAAAGCUCCUGGGGGCAAGAAAGAGAAGACAUGGUCCAGACAUCUCUUCUGAGCAUGGUGAAGAUGGGAAGGUCCACCAUGCAUCCAGCCUCCAAAAGAGGCCCUGGGAUGAAUGCAUACCAAAAUAUGCAGUCAAAUGGUCUUGGGAUAGAUUCUUCUGGAACAGAAGUCCCUGACAUUCAAGCUUCCCUCAAACAGGAUGCUUGGGACAUAGACAUGAUUUCCUGCCCAAUGAUGAGUGUCUCCCUCUCCAAUUCUGCUAGGCCUACAGAAACUGCUGAAGUAAUAGAUAAGCUUCUGCAGACACAUCCCAAGCAUAUUCCCUUCCAUGACCCCCAUCUUUAUAUGGCCAAAGCCAGAAGAACCAGAUCUGUGGCUGACUUCAAGAGGAUGGCAUUUCCUGACCUCUGGGGUCACCGUCCACCUCCCUCUGCUCAGUCCAUGCUGGAACGCAAAUGUGGAGUCCAGAGGAUCAAGAUAUUUGAGGAUGUCCGGAGGCUCAUCCAGCCAAGUGAUGUUAUAAAUAAAGUCGUCUUCAGCUUAGAUGAGCCUUGGCCUUUGCAAGACACCCCUUCCGACUGCUUGCGGUUCUCCUCCAAGUUCGAGUCAGGAAAUCUGCGCAAAGCCAUCCGAGUACGCGAGCGGGAGUACGACUUGCUGGUCAACACCGAUGUGAACAGCAGCCAGCACCAGCAGUGGUUCUACUUCCAGGUGAGCGGCAUGAGGGCGGCCGUCCCUUACCGCUUCAACAUCAUCAACUGUGAGAAGCCCAACAGCCAGUUUAAUUAUGGGAUGCAGCCGACUGUGUAUUCUGUGAAGGAGGCUCUUCUGGGCAGACCCACCUGGAUACGGAUGGGCUAUGAAAUCUGUUAUUACAAGAAUCAUUAUCGCCAGCGCACAGCUGUCACGGGAGGAGCAUCUGAGAAGUGUUUUUACACCCUCACCUUUGUGGUCACCUUCCCGCACAAUGAGGAUGCCUGCUACCUGGCCUACCACUAUCCCUACACCUACACAGCCCUCCUGACUCACCUUGACACCCUGGAAAGAAGUGUGAACCCCAAGCAAGUCUACUUCCGCCAGGAUGUUCUCUGCCAGACACUGGGAGGGAAUUCGUGUCCACUGGUGACCAUCACAGCCACACCCGAGUCCAAUAGCGCUGACCACCUGGAGCAGUUCCGGCAGCGUCCAUACCAGGUGAUCACUGCCCGAGUGCACCCGGGAGAGAGCAACGCCAGCUGGGUGAUGAAGGGGGCCCUGGAGUUCCUGGUCAGCAGUGACCCUGUGGCUAGACUCCUAAGGGAAAACUUCAUUUUCAAGAUCAUUCCCAUGCUCAAUCCAGACGGUGUCAUCAAUGGCAACCACAGAUGCUCACUGAAAGGGGAGGAUUUGAACAGACAGUGGCUCUCUCCCAGCGCUUGUCUCCAGCCAACGAUCUACCACGCCAAAGGGCUCCUGUACUACCUGAGCAGUGUUGGCCGAAGUCCCAGGGUCUUCUGUGAUUUCCAUGGCCACUCUCAAAAGAAGAAUGUAUUCCUUUAUGGCUGUAGCAUCAAGGAGACCUUGUGGCAAGCAGAGUCCAGUGUGGGCACAUCACAUCUCUUGGAAGACAUCGGCUACAGGACUCUUCCCAAAAUCCUUGAUAAGCUCGCCCCAGCAUUCACAAUGAGUAGCUGCAGCUUCCUCGUGGAGAAAUCCCGAGCCUCCACGGCCCGGGUGGUGGUGUGGAGAGAGAUGGGGGUGUCCAAAAGCUACACCAUGGAGAGCAGCUACUGUGGUUGCAACCAGGGACCCUAUCAGGUAUGUGAGGCUCUGGCAUCCAGAGUCAAGCGAGAGAGGGCUCAUCCUGUGGACACAUUGGAAGGUCUCCAGUUUGGCACCAGUGAGCUGGAGGAGAUGGGAGCCAUGUUCUGCUUGAGUUUACUCAUCUUGGAACUCAAGUCCGUAAGCUGCAGCCAUCAGCUCCUUACCCGGGCCACGACUCUCCUGAAUGCGGUUGAAGAAGCCCUGGACCACCACCUCCAACGGUAA